AUGGCUCUCGCCGUUACCAAUAGCGCCACCCGCGCAACUCCCAACUCUGAUAUUUCCAUUACGCCGAAUAUGACUUUAAGAUCCCUCACCAAGAAGAGCCUCAAGGAGCAAAUUCGCGAUGCCAAAGCCAUCAUCGACCUACCCCUCGAUCCGAAGCAAUACCCAAAGAUCCAGGGUCCCGAAAAACGGUUUUACCACCUCCGCGCGCACUUCAAGCAAAAGGAUGGGCCUUCCUGGGUGAACGCCCACGGCACACUGCUCCUACGGCUCACGGAAAGUGACUCGAGCUCUACAGACGGCAAAUUCUGGGUUUGCCACAAGUGUUACAACAUCUUUGACGCGGAGGCAACAACUUCGCCAGCUAAACACCUUCGACAAAAGCACGGUAUUACAAAGGAUGGCGAGCUUCAGAGAGCAAGCACUGCGGGCAAGAGACCGCCGCCGGCGAUUGACGAGCUCUUCCAAGCUCGAGCCAACAAGAAGACUAAACUCCCGCCCCCCCGAAAGAUCCAGGACCGCUUCCAAGAGCUCCUAGUCAAGUGGGUUUCCGAUUCGGAUAUCCCAUUUUCCGUGGUUGAAAACAAGCACUUUCGGGACCUAUUUUCUCUUGUCAAUCCAACACAGACCGACGACCUCCUUCCAAGAAGUCAUGCCACCACACGCAAUUGGCUGAAAACCCAGUACAACCUCUAUUUUGAUGCCCUUAAGGCGGAGAUCACAGCUACACCCAAUCCUAUCCACAUCUCCUUCGACGGGUGGUCAUCCCCCGGAACUGCCGCGUUUUUUGCUGUCGUUGUGCACUAUUUCAAUGCUGCGGGGGAAUUCAACACCCGCUUACUCGCCCUGCCGCGGAUCAAGGGCACUCACAAUGGCGAAAACCUCGCCAAUGGAGUGGUUGAGGUGGUCGAGCGCUUUGGCUUCCGAGCUAAAUUAGGGGUUUUCCAAGCCGACAACGCAGAAAACAACGAUACGUGCGUUACCGAACUUUUGCGGUACUUCAACCCCCAUCUUUCCACUUCGCAGCUUGACCUCAUUCGGUCUCUCAAGCGAGUGCGCUGCGUUGGCCACAUCUUGAACCUCGUUGCUAGAGCUUUCCUGGACGGCGAAAACAAGGAAGUAAUCAGGAAACUGGCAGAGGGCUCAGAUGAGCGACUUUCUGCGGAACAAGAGAGAGAGCUUCUCAACGCGUGGCGAGAAACUGGGCCAGUGGGCAAGCUCAGCGCCCGGUACAAUCGACUAGGAGAUCUCAACGAUGAAGCUGUACUUUCUUCCGAGGAUUGGGCAGUUCUGACAGAGAUCAAGGCUCUGUUGGCCCCAUUCAAGUUUAUCACCAAGAAGUUGGAGGGGAGAAAGCCCAAUCUUUGUGACGUUGUCAGCCACAUCUUCAGCCUCCAUCGGGAUCUUAAGCAUCUACACCAAGCAUACAGAGUGGAAUUCGAACGUUCGGGAGGCUUCGAUAGCUCCAUAUUUCCGCCUAAUGACGAGCGGCCCGCGGGCCAGCUCCCGGGAUUCCUGUUCCCUGAACCUAGCGUGACACAGCAACGCCCGCGCCGAAUUCGUCGUGUGCCAGCUCGGUUUACUGAUUACGAAGUCGACCUCCCCGGGAUCGGGCUCCGCAGCCCAGUUACCGAGCCUAGGCAGCAGGACCCCUGUAUUGAGCUUGGGAAUCCUCUUCACGAUGAUCUCGAGGUGCCUUCCUUCUCGAGCCUUCAAUCUAGCCUCCAAUACGCCAUUGACAAGCUCGAGAAGUAUCUUGAGAUUCUAGAUGGGACACCUGUUUAUUGGGCAGCUCUUAUUCUACACCCGGGCCGCAGGAUGAAGUGGGUGAGGCUAUUUUACGAGGGCAACGACAAGAGGAUAUUGGAGAUCCAGCGGCGGUUUAUGGCAUAUUUUGAUACGCACUACCCAGCAGUCGAGCCGGCGACCCGCCCAUGCACCCCGGAGCAAGUCCCUGGCUUUGGGGAUAGUUUCUACGAUGCCCCAGUUGCUGGCGGUAUUGUGGAUGAGGUUGGGGAGUAUUUACGGGGGCCUGUACACCCCGUUGUCGACCCGAUCCAAUGGUGGUUGGCCCGGAAAGACGAAUACCCACGCCUCACGAGAAUGGCACUCGAAAUACUCUCAAUACCUCCCUGCGCAACGGAAUGUGAGAGGACUUUCAGCCUCGCAAAACUUACGAUAGGGUCGCAACGAUACUCUCUUGGUGAUAGUACCCUCAUAGAGCUUCAAUGUGUCCGUAACUGGGCGCGGGGAAACUUAUUAGGGAAGGUUGUGGCCUCAUGA